AUGGCAUAUGAGGAAGAGCAUUUCAAGCUCCUGAAAGUCAAGGCUCAUGAGGCUGCACCUACUACUGGCUUGAAAGAUGAAGAUUUUACAUCACCAGGAAAAGUUAAUGGUGUCCCUGUUGGAGACUUUUCAUAUAAUGAUAUGGAAGACAAACCAUGGAGAAAACCAGGAGCAGAUAUUUCUGACUAUUUCAAUUAUGGUUUUAAUGAAGAAACAUGGUUUAAAUAUUGUGAGCGGCAGAAGAGAAUGAGGGUCACAGAAUCUGGUGCGGGCUUAAGUGGUCUCGGAGUCAGUAUAACUAAGCCAUUUGGUAAUGCCAGCAGUACAAAUAUACCAGUUGCGAUUGUCAACGACAACAGUAAGUAUGGAGGAACUAGUUCUCGUCCCAGAGCCGGACCCCCUCCAAGACCCAUCAAUAAACCUGGACAGAAUGAUGUAAACAGCUCCAAGCCCAGUACUAUACAGGUAAUGACAGCUGAUAGAAGAGAGUACUCAAACAAAGUGAUGAACGGCCCACCUCCAGUACAAACAUCAUUCAUGCCAGGAUACAAUGAUAUGGAAUUUGGUGGCAAUCCAUAUGGCGAAACUUACUACCCACCUCCUGAAGCUCAACCAUAUUAUGGAGGCCCUCCUCCAUUUCCUCCAAUUCACUGGGGAGGUUCUGAUGCUCCCAUUUCGAACCAAAGUAGCUGGGAAGGUGGUGGUGGAGGAGGUGGUGGUGGUCAUAAUGUUACACCAGUGUCAAGUAGCUCUAAUUACUUUGAUGAGAGUUCAAACAUGAGUGCACCACCUCCCUUACAAGAGCAAGAAGAAGAAAGACAUUCUCGGUCACGAAGAAGUCACAGAUCUCGAAGCCGUUCACCUACUCGCCAUAAACAUUCAAGCAGUAGGCACAGGUCAAGAUCCCGGUCACCCUCACACAGACAUAAACGUAAAAAGUCCAAGAGAGAGAGGGAUGCAGAUUAACAUGAAUAGAACUAUGUAAAAAGCUGCAUUACAUUGGACACUGAUGCAGUCGAAUGUUUUCACAGUACAAUAGAAGAUGGUUUCCAGUUCUAUUCCUUUGGCAGUGCUUGGAAAUUCCCAUUCCAAAUCUCUUGGUUUUUAAGUUAAAAUGAACAAUGUUGUUUCUUUCAUAUUCUUUGAUGUAAAUUGGCAGUUUAGUUUUAGUAUUAAGUUUUAUGCUUUUUGAAUUUUUUUUUCAUCAGAAAUGUAGGUUUAUGCUGUUCAGGAAAUCUAUUUAUCUGUUAAUAAGACAAAAACUCAAUCA